GCCACUACGGCCAUUCACACAAAUCGCCUUCAACGGCCACCGUACUUGCUGGGUGCUUCCGUACAUAUAUAUCUAUGCUUCCGUACCUGGAAGUAAAGCUAGCUUAACCUGCCCCCUUCAAGUGACUUCGUCUUUAGCUGCACUGUGCCUUGUGUUGCUAACAUUUUCUUCGUAGUGAUAACCUAUCUGGAGAUAACGAAACAUUUUUUAGUUAGUCCAAUGUUUAUAAAUCAGUGACAGUCCUGAAACUACCUUUGACGCCACAGCUGGACAUUUGUAAACUGCGUUUACACUGCGUUUUAAAGCAACGUCAGCAGUCACUAACGCUGCACUGUAGCCAGCUGUGUCAGUGAACGUCUCACUGCUGAGUGGUAACGCAUGUCUUCCUCCUGCUCUCUGUCAGCUUUCAGUGCUCCAAAAAUGGAUCAAGACAACAAUUCAGAGGAUGAGUCUGUCGGCCCAUCGGAGGACCCUUCAGAAGAUGAACUACCCUCUCUGCCUCCAGGACUCUCGGAUGGUGAAGCAAUGGAGCUGCUUUGGCAGCUGCGGUCCCAGCGCCGCCAGGCGUCCCCUGAGCUCCCAGAGACGGUUUCCGUUCUAACGGCUCCGGACGGCAGCCUCCUCUACCUGGUGGGCACGGCCCACUUCAGCGACAGCAGCAAGCAGGAUGUGGCAAUGACGAUCCGCGCUGUGCAGCCAGACGUGGUGGUGGUGGAGCUGUGCCAGUACAGGGUGUCUAUGCUAAAGAUGGACGAGGCUACACUGCUGAGGGAAGCCAAAGACAUAAAUCUGGAUAAGGUUCAGCAGGCCAUCAAACAGAAUGGGCUGAUGUCCGGCCUCAUGCAGAUUCUCCUGCUUAAAGUUUCAGCUCACAUCACAGAGCAACUGGGUAUGGCUCCCGGAGGAGAGUUCAGAGAGGCCUUCAAAGAGGCUGGACAGGUACCGUUCUGUAAAUUUCACCUUGGCGACAGGCCGAUCCCCGUGACGUUCAAGAGAGCCAUCGCAGCUCUCAGUCUGUGGCAGAAAGCCCGUCUGGCGUGGGGUCUUUGCUUUCUCUCUGACCCAAUCAGUAAAGAGGACGUGGAGAAGUGCAAACAGAAGGACCUGCUGGAGCAGACCAUGUCAGAGAUGAUCGGAGAGUUUCCUGCUCUCCACCAGACCAUCGUGGCCGAGCGAGACAUCUACCUCACACACACACUCCGCCAGGCUACACGCUGUGUGGAGACCCCCAGUAAUGCCCAGAAAGUGCCUGCAGUGGUGGUGGGAGUCGUAGGGAUGGGUCACGUCCCUGGCAUCGAACGAAACUGGGAGAAGCAGCUCAACAUAACUGAAAUCAUGAGUGUGGCGCCGCCCUCACGUUUCGGCUGGGUGCUGCGUACGGUCAUAAAGGGCGUGGUGAUGGGGAUGCUGGGAUAUGCCUGCUACCGUGCUGGAGGGAGUCUGGGCCGAACCGUGCUGUCUUUACCUGCAGUCGAAUCUUUACUGGAGACUAUACGGCCACCCCCUCUUAGCCCACAUGACCUUUGACCUAUUAACAGUAUGCAUUUUUCACCAAUGGCCUUAAAAACAGGAGUUUGGGCUGGGGGAAAGGUUUCAUCAGCCCACGAUAUGAACUAACAAGGACCUCAGGGGGUUAACACCCCCCACCUCGUAUUGAUGUCCCUGUACACGCAGCAGGGCCGUACUGCCAAAGAAACCAUGACGGUACUCUGUUUUCUUUCAUAUUUUGUGCAAACCCCGCAUUUUGUAAGGUUUACAAAGGCCAAUAAUUCCCUCUGAAUAUAUUUACUUUACAUACAUAGAGUUUUUAUUUGAAAAAUAUCAACAGAUUUAUCAUCAGUCAGGUGCCCGGAUUAGACAUUUUCUCACAGACACACUUUUUAUUUGUCUUAUUCCUUCCUCUUUUAUGGUGCCAGCCAGCAUAUUUGUUAGUAGUCCAAUUUCAAGGCCAGCACUUUAUACGAGAUUGUUAUGGUACAUGAAGCAUAUGGAGAGGAAAAGAGUGUCAAAUAUCAAGUCAGUCAAAACGUUCCUUUUACUCAAUAUAAUCUAAGACUGGAGCAGCAAGUGACCCUCAUGGUGUGAGGUAAAUGAAGAAAAUCUCUAAAUUGCAUGGCUGACCAUCAUUUUCUUAAAUAUUUUAAAGUCCACCAUUCUUUAAACACACAUAACACACACUUGUUUCCCAUGUGCACAGAUAAGUGCCUCAUGGUUCAGCACUAAGGGCUAAGGGUGUACUGAAUGGACUGGCAAAAAUGUGUUAAAUGCAUCUUAUACAGACAACAACCACAGGUCAAUGCAAUUUUUCUAAUAUUCUGUCUUUAUAUAAUUCUAUAUAAGGCCUAUUUUAUAAAUACCGUUGCCCCAAAUCGACUUGUGUUGUCUUGGCUUCAGAUAUGACACGCAUGACUUUUACAUGCAUUAGGACCUGACGCAGGACAGGCAUAAAUGUGCCUCAGGAUGAGCAACGCACUUGAUAACAUUUAUAUAAUUGAUUGUACCUCCAAUAUGAGGUAUCCUCAUGUGUUGGUUCUAACUGGCUCCACCUGUGAGUAAGGGUUCAUACUUGACACAAAAAUAUGCUUUUACAGAAAGACCUUUCUCAAAAACUCCACGAGAACGUCAUUCAGCACACCAGCUGUUUGUACUUUUUAUGGUAUAAUUAUGCAUUAUGACUUGCCUGUGUGAUUGUAAAUUAGCAAUGGGUAUUGAGAUGAUAGAAGAAACACAAGUAUUUUGUUUUCGCUCAAGGUGAGGACUGACUGUGAUGAUUUGUUAUGGACAUGUUUUGACUACUAUGAAGGAAACGGACCGUUCAGAUUGGUCAGAGUUGGGAGGUAAAGCCUUACACUGCUAUCACUGCUGCCUUUGACCCUCAGAUGGCCUCAUCUGCUGAGGCUUUACAGUAUAUUUCCAACAUUGACCUGCUUAUUGCAUGUGUACAAAUGAACUAAAUUACAUGCCGGGAGCUUUGUUAUGUAAGAAAUGUCCCAAUAAAUCCAAGACGAUAUACUGUACAUGGUUGCAGUGCAAUAAACCAACAUAGAUUUUUAAGGUAUUUCCAAUCUUAAUGUUAAGUGAUUUUAUGUACAGUACUGGAAUUGUUUAGAUGUAUUUAUAAGAGACAUGAAAGGAAUGUAUUGGCUGUCUUUAAUGUGUGAAAGGGUCCAGUGGACUAAUAUUGGACUUAAAUUAAGUAGUGCCACAAACAUUAUUGGGACCUCCUCAAAUUAAACUAACUCAUAUAAAACCUAUCUUCCAAUAUAUAAAUCAAGUACUUUGCUCAAGUUAGAGAGGAGGAUAUAGGGAACAGAUGAUGUCAUGCCUCUCGGUCCCUUAGCAGCAUAAAACAGUCAAACUUAAACAUGUCUCAUCAUUUCCAAAGGUUUAAUGUUUCAGAAUUGUCAAGGGAAAACUAUGAGUGCCAGGCUUUUCCGUAAAACGUACUUCCCCAAGUCCUAAUGUGGUGUUGUCAUUGUUAAACCAAACAUUACAACAUAACUUCUGCAAUUAAUUAUUAAAGAAUUUAAGUAAAUAUUCA